GAGAAUACCGUGGUGGAGUGGGCGCGGACCUCGCUCCCAGCAGUGUCGCUCCGCCGGCGUCGGACAUUGCGUAGCGACCUGCGCGUUGCUUGUGCCGGCGCGCGAGCGCGUCGCGGCGUUUUGUGCUGUGGCCUCUUCCACUCAGCUGACGCGUCUCGCCGGAGUGAUUUGCGUGGCGCGCGCGCGUGUGUGUUUGCUGCUCGCCGCGCCGUCGUCGUCCGCUCGCUGCGCGUGAGCCGCCAGCCGUUGCUCGAAAGACACUGCCCGAUGAGUGCGCGCCCAGCCGCGGGUUGGGCAGAGCCACGGCGGAGUCGUCGUUGCCACCCUCUUCGCCGCCACCACCGCCGCUUGGGCCGGGGCGCCGGGCCGGGCGGCCGGCGCGCUGGCUGGCUCCGCGGUUGAGGAAAAACAUUGGCAGGCCUACCGGUAGCGGGCCGGUGCGCCGUCGCCGCGCCGUUUCUGAGGGCGACCGAGGGGAUUUCCAGGACUCGAGGCAAGCAGAAGACCGAGACUUCGUCAAAAUGCCUCCACUCAACAUCAAGUCUAUGUCCAAGGAGCUGGACUCGAAGACCUUAUGCCAGCUCCAGUCGAGCCCCUCCCUGGCCGGCAGUGUCACUGGCCUCGGAUCGGCGGCCACCAUCGCCACGGUGGCAGCGGCGGCGGCACAGCACGGGCCGCCCAGCGGCCUGCCCUCGCCCACGGAGAACGGGCCCGCACUACCACCAGGGAUACCGCCAUCAGCAACGGCAAUAGCCAUAAUGACGGCUUCGGCGGCGGGCGGAGACGAAGAAGUUGACGACGGAGCCCUGGACCCGGAGGAAUUCUACGCGGCCAUCCCAGAGCCUCCGGACGGUGGCUGGGGCUGGAUGAUCGUUGCCGCCUCGUUCCUCUGCAACAUGGUGGUCGACGGCAUCGCUUACACCUUCGGAAUCUUCUUCCCCGAAUUUGUGGACCACUUCAAGGCACCCAAAGGGACCGUCGCUUGGGUUGGAUCAUUGCUGUCGGGAUGUUACCUGAGCGCCGGCCCCUUGGUGAGUGCGUUGACAAAUCGGUAUGGCUGCCGGGCUGUGUGCAUCGGGGGAAGCAUCGUUGCCUGCAUCGCUUUCUUGCUUAGCACCAUCGUACAGGAUGUGGGCAGCCUAAUGGUCACAUUUGGUUUGAUGGCUGGUGUCGGCUUCGGUCUCAUCUAUCUACCAGCCAUCGUGAGCGUGAACCAAUACUUCUCCAAGAAGCGUGCACUGGCUACAGGAAUCGCCGUCUGUGGCUCCGGCAUGGGCGCAUUUGUGUUCGCCCCUUUCUGUCAGUACCUGCUCACCAUCUUCAACUGGAAAGGGGCACUCAUGAUUCUGGCCGGCCUGUCGCUCAACUGCGCCGUGUUUGGCGCACUCAUGCGGCCGCUCCUCGCAUCGGACAACCCGCAGACUAAGCCGCUUCUGCAGCGGAUCUGGGAGGAAAAAGAGCGGCAGCGGCAGGACUCACUCUGUAACAGCCAGUUCUUCUUGGUGCAGCACGCGGACGGGACCAUUGAGAAGAGGCAAAAGCUGCUCUUGAACACCGAGCCAGGCGUCCACUCGACACUGUACCUGGACCAGUGGGGCAAGUCUCCUAUGGACACGCCAGUCAUCACGCUGUCCCCCAUUCAGGAGGCCAGGCCAUCCCGCAUGGGCUCAAAGGAAGACCAGAACGACGAUUCUGGAGACUCAGGAAAGGAGAAUGGCAGCACUAAAAAGGGUUCACCACGACAGGAAACGGCGCCGGCAACCACGGAAUCCGAGAAAGAUGCAGGGCAGCAGCAGUCAAACGUCGACGACGAGAAGACAGUCACAGAGACAACCCAGAUGAUUCCUUCUGAACAAGACAACCAGGCUUCCGGUAACCAGCCAACACCGAAUGGCCACGUUGUGAACGGUGGUCCUGCAGUUGCGGCUCCGACGGCUGUAUCGGCCAUUCAGGAGAUCGCCAGGCGCAAGGGCAUCAUGUCUUCCAGGAGUGCCACGAAGCUGUGUCUGUCGAACAUUACCAUGGGAACUGAGAUGCGUAGGAACAGCUCGUCUCCUCGCAUGUCUUCGAGCGGCUAUGUGUACACGGGCGCAGCGAGCCGGCCACACGGCCGUCUCACUACGUCUGGCGAGGUCUGGAAGCGCGUGUCGCAGGAGACUGUGGCUGGCGGACCGCGCCAAAUUCAGAAGGCAAAGAAAAAGGACAUCGCUCGACCCAUGUAUCGCAAGGAUAUAUUCUACAGUGGAAGCGUAGUCAACCUUCCAGAGUAUCGUCUGUCGCAGGGUGACGUUCGUUCUUACGUCGCCAGCGUAUUGACCAUCCCAGCAACAGACACCAUCCCGGCAGCCAGCGGUGUGGAUCUUCCAGAUGGCAAGCCUGCGGCAGGUUCUUUUUGUCCACCCUGCUUGCGCCUGCCAGCCUCCAUGACUGAUACCCUCGCCGACAUGCUAGACAUGGAAUUGCUCAAGAACCCAGCUUUUGUUUUGGUCUGCGUCUCAAACAUCGUUGGCAUGAUGGGUUUCUGCAUACCUUUCAUGUACAUCGCUGACUCUGCCAUGCUUAAAGGCAUCGACAAGGACAAGGCCGCCUUCCUUCUUUCGCUCAUCGGUAUCACAAACAUGAUUGGACGUCUCAUCUUCGGAUGGCUCUCGGACUUGCCCCAGAUCAACUGCCUACUACUCAACAACCUUUCCCUCUGCCUGAGCGGUAUUGCUGUGUUCAUUCUGCCUUUCUGCUAUUCCUACCCAGCCACCGUGGCCACGUGUAUGAUCUUCGGAUUAAUUGUCGCUGCUUAUAUUUUGCUCACAUCAAUCAUACUCGUGGAGCUCUUCGGUCUGGACAAUCUGACGAACUCUUUCGGCUUACUCAGCCUGUGCAGAGGAGCAGCUUGUAUGGUUGGACCUCCUCUAGCAGGUACCCUGUUCGACAUGACGGGCUCGUAUGACGUUCCUUUCUUCGUCUCGGGCACCAUGCUCAUCGUGUCUGGCGCCAUGUCCUCCUUCAUACCGUGUGUGCGGAACACGGCCGUCAAGCCGGAACCGUUGCCCGACAUCGCCUCUCCUCUCGAAGAGAUCCCCGAGGAAAGCGACGUGCCCGAAGAUGAGGAAGAGAACGUCGAGAGCAUCGUCUAAAGCAAGAAUUGUCCCAUUCGAUGACGGUACAUUCUUUUGCGCGCUUUGUUGCGGCUCCUGUCCAGCUCAACGCCUCCUCUCAAAGUGACGCCUGUACUGCGCAGAACUCACUCGCUAUUUGACACUGAGUUGGUCGUAGCGGCGCCACUCGCAGGUGAAUUAUGGGCGCAUUGAUAGAACAGUGAGAGCCCACGAAUAAGAAAAGAUGACCGGUGAUUGAGACACAAACAUCUCGUUUCCCGGUGAAAACUAAGCGACAUGACUUUUGUCUCUUGGCUCCGAGAGCAACCCGAUUUCAUCCUGUCACCAGUACUCGGCGCCACCUCCUUUCUUCAUUUGAUAGGUUGACUUUCUUGUGGUCUUCGUUCAUCUCUCCUACGUGCUUGCAGCAACCACAUCACAUGUUGUGCUUUUCUUCAGCGUUGCCCCUUCUUCACAUCCAAGCCUAAAACGCCAAGCGCCGAGCUGGGCUGCGCGAAGAAGCCAACCGAACCAAAGCCAUUUUCAUCUUUCCUAAUGCGUCCCGGAGCCAUAUGUACUCAUUCAUUGCACUGAAAGCGACUCGUCAGACAGAAAAACAAGGUGCAGUGGAGAGAGUUUGGGUGCUCUUUGGCUAUUCGGACGUCUACGUGUAAGUGAUGCUACGUACGUUUUAGUGCGCGCUUUAAUGAGAGGCGAUUAUUUUCAUGGCUUUGAGAAAGUGCGCACAGAACUCUUUCAUUUUUCGUGCAUUUCUGUGCUGGUGCGUGCGUGUGUAGUGUCAAGGUGCCAUGCUCUGAUGACAAGUGGUGGACGUAGCGAAGAUGAAAAAAGAAGGGUUCGCCCUCUUUAUGAACUAUUUGCUCUUCUGUCAUCGAGCACCACUGUUUGUGACAGCGUUUGAUCGUCGUUGUGUUUUCUGAAAGCGACAGAGGUUGGAGAACGGGGUGAAAAUAUGUCUUUCGAUUAAGCUUUAAGGCUGUGCAUGCGGCACCCUCCUCGAGCUUCAGAUCGUGUGGACCAUUGAGAGAGUAAGAAGAAUGAAAGAGAAGAUGAGAAGUUGAAGCAUUGAAGGAACGUUUGGUCACGUGUCGUCGAAGACGUCUGAAAGGAUAUAGGAACUUCUUUUUGUUGUAAGUCGCCAUCCUGCUUCAGACACUGCGCGCUUGUUUGUGUUUAGUUAUCUUCUCGUCGAAGAAACGUGUGACUUUUGAAGAGGACAUCAAGCGCUCACUCUGCGGACAAUGCGCGGAGAGUACUAUGUGCAGUGAUGGCAGUGGUGCGCCCAUGUGCAUGUUCUCUUUUACACUUAUGUGUCAUUUCAUUUUUCUUUCAAUUCUCUUCGUUAUCUCGUCCAUUGGGUCCUAAGACAAACACAUAUGAUGCACAAAGAAACGAAACAGAAGAGACGUGUGAGGGGAACCCCCCCCCCCCCCCGAGUUUAUCGUCGGCCUAAAUGACGCAUUCCAGUGCACAACGGAACUUAUGGAAGUGAACUUGCUUCGCUUAAGAUAAAGGGAAGUAAAAUAUUUAAAAACGGAUGUGUCGUUUGUCGCAUCCACAGGCGUAAUACACAACUCAAGAUUGUAGUCACCACAUAUCUGUGAUAUAUGCUCCUUGGCCCGACAGCUAAUCGCUACACCGCAAGACUCUGUAGACAACAACUAUGGCGUGUUUGUUCGUAAAAUUCAAGAAAACCACAGUAAUUUUUGUCCUUAUUUUUUCUCGUAGCCAAACAUGUAGCCAAAGUUGCCACUGUGCGGACAUAGUGUUAUGACUGCUCUUAUCUUUAGCGCUGUGUCCUUUUCGCGGAGGGAAAAAAUGCAAGGCUUUUUGUUUCUUCUCCUGCAUCCCAUGUCCAGCUGUCUCUUUAAUGUUUUGAACUAUAGGACCAUCAUAAUUCAUUGUCUAUAUAGUGACUAGUUAAGAAAGCAGACCUAGACUUGAAAAUCUGUUUCCAAUGAGAGAACACAUGUGUGUCCUGGAGAGACAUUCCAAAAUGCGUGUUAAGCUCACACCCUAUUUCGGAAAAAAGAAAAAACUGUGGGAGCUAUACAUGUUGUGAAAGUAAAUACAAGCUCUGUCCUUAUUGCUACUAUUUUGCCUUGAACACAGUGCUAUAAGUUCUUUAGUUUGGGUAAGUUAGUGGCUUUGCUUUCUCUUGCUCAGCGAACUGCAGUUGACGGAAUUGUGCCGAUAGGACGGUGAAUGGUCCAUGCUGCAGUAUUUAUCAUGGCUGGUUUGAAAUAGGUAGCUUGGUAGCUCAUAAAGCCAAAAAAACAUUUCGUGGAACCCAGUUUCUUGAAUACAUCUUAGUUUUAUCUGUAAUUACGACAGCGUAAAAACUCACUUGCUGUUAGCUAAAGAUUACUACAUUUAGCUAGCAAGCUUUCAGUUUAAGAAAGUUUUCUACGAUGAAGUGAUGGCAAAAUACUCGUACAAACUUGUAAGAUACUAUUGGCAUACCAACUUUCUUUUGUCUGUAUUGUUUGGUAGCUUAUGGCAAGUUAUUGACAUUGUAGUUCAAUUAAUCAACGAUUACACGUGUGAUCUAUCCAACAAUGCAUCAAUUUAAGUUUUCAUUCACAUUUGUGAAGUGAAUGAAAACUUAAAUUGAAGCUUCCAGCAUCACAAUUCUAGUGAGUGCUGACCAAAAAGUCGUUGUGGAUCAAAAAUACAGGAAAGAUACUGAAGCACACCAACGAACAGCCAAAGUGCAGUAUGUUUUGCCGUCUCGAUUUCAUAGGACCUGUGGUAGGGGCCAGAUGGGACACUGUUACGUUCAAAAACAGCUUUGCGGCAUGUUGUGAUGGCGCUAGCGUAGGUUCUCAUAGGGUUGCGCAAUGAGGGGCAAGGGACCCAGGUUUGAUGCACUUGGAAGUGAAUUCGCUUUUUUUUUCUCAAGGCAUACGCCCGAUGCAGCAUCAUUAGGUCGAGUGCAGCUGUACGAGAGAACGCGUACGUAUGCGCUUUUUAGAAAACAUAUAUAAACAGCGCUGUCCAUUUUGCAACGCCCACAGACAUACGACACACAUACACAGACACAACACAGACGGUGCAAUCAGUGCUGCUUGCGCUAACGCUCGCAGGUGUGAAGAGAUGGCCUUGAAUCGACUCCUUGGGUUGCAAGUUCACCUAUAUAGCCUUUUAAAGUACUAAAUGACAACAGAGUGAACGCUGAGAUCCUUUUUUUCUCCGCAGCUCUUAGAAACAAAAUAAAGCUGUUAUUUGUUUACGCCCUA